AAGUUUGCUUUUUGGGGGUAAUCGAUUAACACCCUAAACGUCUUCUAAGGCAUUCCCCUAGAUAUAAUAUAUACAUGGCAUACAUAAACAAAUAACAUUUUGGAAUUUUAAAUGGCCCCAUUACGAUUGUUUGAACGAGAAAAUCUUUUGUUAGUCGUGUAAAUAGAUGAUAAACCCUACCCCUAAUCGCUGUAUGAAAAUAGAGUGUGGAGUCCAAAUGUAUAGCGUAAGUUAUGUAAAUUUGUUCAUGGCUUGUCAAUCGGGACUCUGCAGAGCACGUAGAGUGUGGAUAUUUUUUGUUUCAGAUAUUUACAGGAGGCUAGAGUCUGGGUAUCAAAGAUUGGAAUAUUACUGCUGGAAUCGUAACAAUCGUCUUCGAAAAUACAAGAAAAAACAAGGAUCAACCUUCAUGAUGACGUCAGCAAUGCGGGGUGUAAUCUCCAUCCUCUCAUUCUACAUCUUGGUGUCCGGCGUGGUUGCCCGUCGAGCUCCUCUACUCAGAACAAGUGAAGCCAUCAAGGAACAGUAUAUUGUGGUCCUAAAGAAAACCGCAGUGCUUUCAGACGUUCUUCAGUCCCUUCGCGAAGAAUCCAACCAGAAAGUGGUAAUUUUUAACAAUCCGAUAAAAGAAUUCACCAGCGUACUGAACGGAUUUGCCAUCUCCCUGUCAAAAACAGCUUUAGCAGUGGUGCGUGACCACCCAUCUGUGCGGUACGUAGAGGAAGAUGGCGUAGCGUAUGGUUCGGAGACAUGGGGUCUGGAUCGGAUCAACCAAAGGGACCUUCCUCUAGAUGACAGCUUCACUCCUAUUGGUAAUGGGAGUGGUGUGAACGUAUACGUCCUUGAUACCGGGAUCAGAACAACUCAUGAGGACUUCGAGGGCAGGGCGGAAUUCAGCUAUGACGCCAUGAACUACGCUAUUGGCAAUGACGGAGACUGUCAAGGGCAUGGGACGCACUGUGCUGGUACCAUAGCUGGCAAGCGAUACGGUGUUGCCAAGGCUGCUAAAGUAUAUGCCGUACGGGUUCUUGGUUGCUAUGGCUAUGGCUCUUGGUCUGCCAUUAUCGAUGGUAUGGAUUGGGUUGCUCGUAAUGGUAUACGUCCAGCUAUUGCGAGUAUGUCACUCGGUGGAGGGGGAACCAGAGCAGUAGACGAGUCACUGAGGAACCUUCACAGAGAUGGGGUCACCGUGGUAGUAGCCGCUAUGAACAACGAUUUAGAUUCAUGUGCCUUUUCGCCUGCUAGGGCUCCUGAGGCCAUCACAGUCGGCGCAAUCCAGGAUGACGAUGCCCGUGUCUACUUUUCAAAUUGGGGCGCAUGCGUAGAUAUCUUCGCUCCCGGACAUCGCAUUCUAAGUGCAGAUUACCAAUCUGAUAAUGGGUAUCGACUGUUGAGUGGAACCAGCAUGGCAUGUCCUCACGUAGCAGGUGUUGCGGCGAUCCAUCUUGGUUUGAAUCCCAACCUAUCACCUGAUAGCCUUCGUGACGUCAUCCUAGAAUCAGCUAGCAGAGACAAAGUCACUGAGCUACACGACUCGGAGAAUCUCCUUCUAUACGUCCCCAACGAAUAUUGAACCAUGCUUAACGUGUAAUGCCUAGUGUACACGAAGCGUCAUUUACUGACAUACGACUGCGUCAGGACUUAUGCGGACUUAAACGCAUCGCAUGAGAGCGACAUCGUACAAACCGUGAACGCAAAAAAGACAGGUGGAAACAUUGCGUUAAAUUACUGUCACAACCCACACACGUGGAUUGUUUUCCUGAGCUCGAUUAAUAAAAUAGAAAUAACGCUUCGUGUGCAACGGACAUUACUUUUUACAAUAUAACUGCAACAUUGAAU